AUGGCUUUCAUUCCCAAUGCUUUAACAGCCAACAUCACAACUGAUCAAUCUUCCCUCCUUUCUUUGAAAUCCCAUGCCAGCUUAAGCCACCACCAUAUCUUGGCAAAAAACUGGUCGACCAAUACCUCUGUUUGUGACUGGAUUGCAGUUGUAUGUGGAUCAAAGCACCAUAGAGUUGUUGUUUUAGACAUAUCCAGUAUGGGUCUCGUGGGUACUCUUCCUCCACAACUAGGCAACCUCUCGUUUCUUGUUUCUCUUAAUUUGAGUCACAAUAGUUUCCAUGGAAACUUACCUAGAGAGUUAGCCAAUCUACGUCGACUAAAAUUUUUAGAUUUCAGUUAUAAUGAUUUUAGUGGUAAAAUUCCAGAGGAAAUUGGUAAUCUUGAGAAUGUAAGAAAUUUGAUAUUGGAAUUUAACCAGCUUGAAGGUCCUAUACCCUUUACCAUCUUAAACAUUUUCACCUUACAACUUUUGUCCCUUAUGAAUAAUAACUUAUCUGGUCCGCUUCCUAUGAACCUAUGUCAACAUCCUUCUAGACUUAAAGCAUUGUGUCUGUCUUUCAACAAGUUGAAUGGUGAUAUUCCAAAUAGUUUAUCAGCAUGCUCAGAACUUGAAGAACUAUUGUUAGAUAACAAUAAUUUUGCAGGGAUGGUGCCGAGGGAGAUUGGGAACUUGACUAUGCUUAAGUUUUUACACCUCGGAAGUAACUACUUAGAAGGUGAAAUACCAAAAGAGUUAGGCAAGCUUGAUGAACUAGAGGAACUCAAAUUGGAUGAAAAUGAAUUAAGUGGUUUUAUUCAAUGGGAAAUCUUCAAUAUCUCAAGCCUAACAGAUAUGACACUAGCAUCAAAUUAUAACCUUUCAGGUCCAAUCUCGGAUUGUUUAGGGAACGUUUCUUCGUUGAGAGAGGUCUAUCUGUUUAAAAAUGAAUUCACUUUCUUUCCUCCUACCCUAUGGAGCCAUGAAAACCUUUUGAUGCUCGAAUUGUAUUCAAAUAACUUGAGCGGUUCUUUACCUCAAGAAAUUGGGAAUGCAAAGACGGCAAUACAUAUUUAUCUGUCAAAUAACAAACUAUCUGGGCAAAUUCCACUUAGUAUUGGAGGUUUGACAGAAAUAAUAAAUUUUUCUGUGGCUCAUAACACAAUCCAUGGUUCAAUUCCUGACGCAUUUGGAAAACUCCUAGAUCUACAUUUAUUGGAUCUUUCUGAUAAUAAAAUCUCCGGAAUGAUUCCGAAGUCAUUAGAGGGACUUGUAAGCCUGAAAUAUUUCAAUGUUUCAUACAACAAAUUAAUCGGAGAGAUUCCGAGUGGAGGCGCUUUUGCCAACUUCACUUAUGAAUCAUUCUUGUCAAAUGAUGGUCUAUGUGGUAGUCCUCGGAUGCAUGUUCCACCUUGCCCUGCCAAUUCUCUACGUACAUCGAAGAAGAGCAGAGUGGUUAUGUUUGUACUCAUCUCGUUGGCAGUUCUUAUAGUUCUAGUUGUCUCUGUUACUGUAUACUUGAUUUUCAAGAGGCGCAAGAAGGUGAUUCCCAGGGAACCUUACUUCUUGUCGACAGUAACACCAGCAAGAUUUUCAUACUAUGAACUCCAACGGGCAACCAAUGGAUUUGAUGACAGCAAUUUGCUAGGUAGCGGAAGUUUUGGUUCUGUUUAUAAAGGGACUCUAACAAAUGGGAUGCAUGUGGCUACCAAGGUUUUUCACUUGCUACAUGAAGGUGAAAAUAAGAGUUUUGAUAUUGAAUGUGAAGUUUUGCGCAACAUUCUUCACAGAAAUCUCAAAAAGGUUCUUGGCAGUUGCUCCAACUUGGAUUUUAAAGCAUUGGUGCUCGAGUACAUGCCUAAUGGGAGUCUACAUAAGUGGUUAUAUUCUCACAAUUAUUUUUUGAAUAUAAUACAAAGAUUGAGUAUAAUGAUAGAUGUGGCAUCUGCGUUGGAAUAUCUCCACUUUGGUUACUCUGAGCCCGUUAUUCAUUGUGACUUGAAGCCCAACAAUGUGCUAAUAGAUGCAGACAUGGUGGGACAUUUGAGUGACUUUGGUGCUGCAAAGCUCUUAGGAGAUGAGAACUCCAUGGCCUUUACAAAUUCCCUCACAACAAUUGGUUACAUUGCUCCAGAGUAUGGACGAGAGGGUCUUGUGUCUACUCGCAGCGAUAUGUACAGUUAUGGUAUCAUGUUGCUUGAAGUUUUUACAAGGACACAACCUGGAGAUGAAAUGUUCAAUGAAGAUUCAAGUCUAAGGAGUUGGGUGCAGAAUGCAUUUCCUACGGAAAUAGGUCAUGUUAUAGAUCCCAACUUACUUGGACUAGAUGAGGAAAGGUAUGCUGAAAAAUUGCAGUGUGUUAUAGCUAUCUUUGAGAUGGGGAUGAAAUGUUCAACAGACUCCCCGAGAGAAAGGAUGGUCAUCAAAGAUGCCUUACCAGCACUGGAAAAGAUCAAAGUCACACUCCUUUCGCUAUAUGCAAGAACUUAA